AGCACUAUAACAAACUGGGCAGUGCUGACUUGCGCUGCGUUCAAGCUUCUGUAUAUAAACUGCGUAUGGAAACCCACAUUCGCGGUAGAUCGGUUGGGGCCAAGUAUUAAUUCUUUUGCAACUUCCCUACCCCGCCAGGCUUUGCUUAAAUGUUCGCCUCCCAGGGCUUCGAGGGCUUCCAAGAGGAACAGUCCCCGGCUUUGCUCUCCGACCUUUCUGCCAUGGAGUCGGCACCUGACAGCAGCCCAGGGAGCUACAACCCUAGGACUGUGGCUGUGAAGGAGAAGCCCCAGGGGCCAGAGGGCGGCCGAGGUGGCAGCUGGGGCAGUUACAAUCCUCUGCAGUACCAGGUGGCACACUGCGGGCAGACGACCGUGCACCUGCCCCCAACCCUGAUGGCACCGGGCCAGCCCCAGUGCGUCCCCGAGGCCCCCUUGGCCACCACCGUGCCCCCCAGCAGCCCCCUCGAGGCGCCCUCAUCGGCUGACCCCUCGCAGGAGGGCAAGAAGGCAGUGAACGACAGCCUGGAGUACCGGCUGCGGCGGGAGCGCAACAAUAUCGCCGUGCGCAAGACCAAGCGGCGCAUCCUGGAGAUACAGCAGUACAUGGCAGAGAAUGAGCAGCUGCGCAGCCGCGUGGAGCAGCUUACGCAGGAGCUAAAUAUCCUGCACAGGUUUUUGAAAGCUAUUAUAAAUUUAAUGUCAUUGGUCAGUAAACAUUAA